AAAGACGCACCCACAACAACAGGAAACACAUUCAGCCAAGCAGCAUAUUUUGAUCAGUCGCGAAGGGUGACAAACAACUACGACGAGGAUGAGGAUGUUCGCGAUUGUGUUUGUGGUGGCGCUAACCGCUAGCGCUACAUACGCUGGGACCACGCAAAUGGCUCCCACAAGCUCUGCCACCGAUCUGGCGUUCGAUAUGUACAACAGCUGCUUGAAGGACUUCAGCACAAGCUGUGUGCAGCCGAAAGCCAUGCAGUGGUUCAAUCAGGCACUUCAACAAGAUGAAAUCCAAAUCACCGACAAGUUGUCUAUUGUACGCACUACUAAAGUACAGCCAAUACAACAACGCUCCUACAAUGCACAAGAACAAUUAUUCAACGAUAUCGACAACUUCUUGGCCACUCAUGCCCUGCGCGUUCGGGCGCCUGAAUUCUUCAGCACCGAGGAAGCACGCUCAUACGUACCGGACUUUUUGUUUAGCAACGCCCUGACAAAAGAUUCUGUUGUACCAUUAGCGGAACGUGAUCCAAACCAAGGUCGCGGCAUGGUUCGUAAAGUAUUGUUGCCCUUCCUUAUCGGUUUGAAAUUGAAGACCACUGUCUUGGUGCCACUCGCUUUGGCUUUGAUCGCGCUCAAGACCUGGAAAGCCAUGACUUUGGGUCUACUAUCAUUGGUGUUGUCUGGCGCUUUGGUUGUGUUUAAAAUUGCCAAACCAAAGAUUAUUAAUUACGAAGUAGUUCAUUAUCCUCAUCAUGUCGAACAUGUAGAACACAUUGAACAUAUUCCACACCACAUCGAACACUUCCCCCAUCAUGUCGAACACAUUGUACCCCAUCACAUUGAUAUCGUGCCUCACCAUGUGGACCAUCACGUCGAUCACCACUUGGAUUUGCCAGCACAUGUCGAACAUGUCGAGCACUUCGAACAUCCUUCGCCCGCAUGGGAUCCGCAUGCUUGGGCGCGUUCGUCUCAAGAGCCACAAGACGCACAAGAUAUGGCUUUCGCUGGUCAAAGGCAAUCUUAAAUAUAUGCAUACUCUCACCUAGGUGAAAGUAAUUUCGAAUCAUUCUAUCGAAUGGAAAUCGACGACUACGCAUCGCCUUUAUUUAUUGUUUUUUUACUUAGGCUUAAAGACGGCACCCGUUUCCAAAGAAAUUAUUUAUUGAACAAAACAUGAAAAUCUAACAAGAAGAUACUAGAAAAUAUUAUUUAUUACUUACGUGUACAAAAAUUGUUAAUAUCUAUUAUUAGUGCAUAUGGCAACCUCGUU